AUGGGUCUCUAUAAGAAGCUCCCAGAGGACCUCAAGGAUGUAGAUGUCAUCAUCGCUGGCGGCGGCACGUCUGGCUGUGUUGUCGCUGCCAGGCUCGCGGAUGCUGAUCCCAACCUGUCAAUCCUCAUAAUCGAGGCGGGGCAGGACAAUGAUAUGCCGACAAUCAGCUGCCCGGCAAUGUUUUUGACACAUCUCAUGCCAGACAGCACCACGACCACCUUUUACGCGACAAAUCCAACCCCGGAAGUGGCCGAUAGACCUCUUGUCAUGCCCUCUGGUAGCGUCCUUGGCGGAGGAUCAUCUGUGAACAUGAUGGCAUACAGCCGGGGCCAACGGUGUGACUGGGACUCUUGGGGAAUGCCGGGGUGGUCAACUGACGAGAUGAUGCCAUUUUUCAAGAAGCUCGAGACCUUCCAUGGGGAGGACCCCAAGGAUAUUCAUGGCCACGACGGCCCCAUCAAUGUGUCUUUUGGUACUUAUGGCUCCGAGAGAAUCGACACAGAGUUCCUAGCAGCGGCCGAGAAGGCUGGUUGGCCUGAGGUCCCUGACAUACAAGACCUCGAAUCUAUCAACUCUGUCGGCAAAAGCAGGCGCUAUAUCUCGACCGAGGGCAAGCGCCAGGACGUGGCGACUUGCUACCUGCGCACCCGUUUGAACAGCGACAAGUAUCCCAAUCUCCACGUGCUUGUCGAGUCCCAGGUAUUGCGAGUCCUGAUAGAUGAGGAGACGAAGACGGCUGUCGGCGUCGAGCUCAGAACUAAUCCAAGACACAACGCCGAAGCCACUGGGGAGAAUCCUCUUGUCGUGAAAGCAAGCAAGCUCGUCGUCGUAUCAAGUGGAGCGUGUGGAACACCCGCGUUAUUGGAACGGUCUGGCCUGGGUGAUUCCACUGUUCUAGAGCGGGCCGGAAUUCCGGUGGUUGUGAACCUCCCAGGAGUUGGCAAUGGCUACGAAGACCACCACCUGCUCGGAUACCCCUACCUCAACAAUAUGGAGGCGGCGGAUACGCUAGACGGGGUCGUCUUCGGGCGCAUGGGUAGCCCUGAGGAUUUGAUGAAAGCCAGCCCUAAGAUCCUCGGCUGGAACGCUCAGCAGAUCCAAGGCAAGGUUCGGCCGACUGACGAGGAGGUCGCAGAGCUUGGACCUGAGUUUCAGAAGGCCUGGGACAAGGAGUUUAAAAACAAUCCUGACAAGCCGCUGGCCGUGUUUAGCGUGGUCGGCGGGUUCCCUGGAAACCCAGCUCUUACCACGGGCGACCCGUGUCUUUCAAUUACGGCUUUUACUGUUUACCCCUUCUCACGCGGAGAUAUUCACAUCACGGGCCCGAAGGUCGACGACCCUGUGGACUUCGUGACUGGUUUCUUCACUGAUGAGCACCAGCUCGAUGUGAAAAAGCAUAUUUGGAUGUACAAGAAGCAGCGCGAGGUCAUCAGGAGGAUGCCGAUGUACAGGGGCGAGAUGGCGCAUUCCCACCCCCCAUUCGACAGCAAGUCGGACGCAGCCUGCGUGACCCUCGACGGCCCACUCCCCGCCAACGCGCCGCCGAUCAAGUACACGGCCGAGGACGACAAGGUCCUGGAGCGGUUCAUACGUGAGAACGUCAGCACCACGUGGCACUCACUCGGGACGUGCAAGAUGCUGCCGCGCGAGCAGCAAGGCGUCGUCGACGCCCGCCUCGGCGUCUAUGGUGUGCGCGGAUUGAAGAUUGCUGAUUUGAGUGUCGCUCCCAAGAACUUCGCUGCGAACACUAACCAUGCGGCGCUCUCUAUUGGUGAGAAGGCGGCGGAUAUCUUCAUUCGUGAAUUGGGACUGCAUCAAUGA